AUGCAUCCAGCAACUCCAGAGUUUGCAGCGUGGCUGGGAUGCUGCUGCGGCUGGCUGCCAGUGAGAUCGCAUGUGAUCAUGCCUGGCCUUGCACAUGAAAAUUCCAUCCGAAUUGGCCACUCGGCGCGUGUUUCUGCCAACACCGUAUACCUUUUCGACCUAAACAACCGCUUCGACGCACGCAUUCAGCAAGCCACUCUCUCGCCGCAUUUUGGUACCAUGACCACUGUUGACGCUGCCCAGCGGCCACGGCCGGCACAUCAAGACCAGGCCACCCCCGUCGCCUCGCGCGUCAUUUUGCCGCGUGACUCGACACCCGUGAGCGGUGGCGCCUACCCCUUUGCCUCUCAGCGUGCCGCGUCCAGUAGCAGCAUUCAGCUCUCAGAAGCAGAAAUGCGCACUGCCAAAGUUCAUCUCUGCAACCGGCGUGCCGCCCUGGCGGUGGUUCGCCUUCACGAAGACUGGGAGGAUCGGGGACGCCACCCAGGCAUACAGCGCAGUCGCCAUAAGCUCAGCACUCUUCGCCUGGCGCGCUUGGAGCGCUUGGCUCAAGCCUGUGCCUCCAACGUGGCGCGCUUGCGUCCGCUCUUGGAGACUUCACAAGCUGCUGAUGAAAACGACAACGAUCUCAUCGACGCGGUGUUCUCCGACGCCGAUGCAGAGUCGGACGGCGAGGCUCAUGAGCAGUCCUCGGCGUCUCAGCCAUCUACCUCGACCUCGAGCUGCAGCUCUCGAUCAGGCACACACUCGAGGGCCUCUGCUCGCUCAUCAUGUGGCUGCUUUUCUUCAGCAUCGUCCGCUGGCACCGCGCCAUCGAACUCAGAGGUGGCAGCCAUUCUGGGCGGACUAGAUCAAUACCUCACGCAGUUGACUGAUCUGGUCCAGCUGAUGAGCACUGACCAGAAACACUGGCGUCGAGACGAUGCAAGUCAGGAAGCGGCUGCGGGUCCCUCCCGUGACGCCCUGCCAUGCCCCAAUCCUGACUGCUUCUCUCUGGGCUUGAAGACAAGCUUGUCCUGUGGCCAUGCCCUCUGCUACGAAUGUGUCCGCAAGCAACACGGCUGUUUUGUUUGUGCAGCCCAUCGAGUGUCCGGCUCUACCGGCUCCAGCUUGGCCACCAUGCAGAUGAGCAAACAGCAGGCUGACCCUGUACGCGUGCUGCAGAAACGUUGGCAUGGCAACCUCAAGCGCCAGGUGUCUAACGCGCAGUGCGUCUUGGCUGAGCAGGCCUUGGUUGAAAAGGUGGUUGUGGUGUGA